AUGGGCGGCAUGGUCAAUUGGGCAGCGCGUCCCACAUAUUCCUUGGAACAGCUCAGACGCUACUUCGACCGGAUCGGGCUCCCCGAAAAUUAUCGAGAAGCUCUUCCAAUGCAAGAUGGAGCGAUCCUCAAUGGCCAGUCUGCAUUAGCUUUGCUGAAGGUGCUGCAACGAUACCAACUAGCAGCUGUCCCUUUCGAAAACCUCAACCUCCACUAUGCUGUUCAUCGGAGUAUUUCCAUUGAUCCUUACAAGGUGUUUGAGAAAGUUGUUGAUUCUAAGUCUCGUCGUGGGGGCUAUUGCAUGGAGAACAGUCUCUUGUUUGGCACCGUCCUACGAAGCCUGGGAUACGAUGUGACCGCCGUAGGAGGGCGUGUCAACGAAGCUGCGCAGCCCAUGUCUGCCUCGAAGAAUUGGAGAGGACCCAAGUAUGACGGAUGGAAUCACAUGGUCAACAUCGUAACCAUCGAUGAACAAAAGUACCUUGUAGACGUUGGAUUUGGCUCCAAUGGGCCACACCAGCCCCUCCCACUGGUCCAGGGUUAUGAGUUCCACAACGUUGGUGAACAGUUGGGCCGGCUAGUCUACGGGCCUAUCGCUCAACACACUAGCAGGAGCCAAUCUCUGUGGCAGUACGAAUUUCGCAACGGGGACAGUCAUUGGAUUCCGGCUUACUGCUUCACCGAGUUGGAGUUCCUUCCAGAGGACUUUACUAUAAUCAACUACUACAUGAGUACCAGCCGGGAAAGCUGGUUCACUUAUCAUGUUGUCUGCGUGCGGAUGUUACUCAACGAAAAUGGUGACAAGAUCGUGGGCGAUGUGACCCUGUUCAACGACACGCUCAAGGAGCGCCUGGGAGCGACAUCCAAGGAGCUAGAGAAAUUUGCGUCAGAUGAGCAGCGCGUGCUAGCGCUAGAGAGAGUAUUCAAGAUCCAUGUCUCCGAGGCCGAUCGGGAGAGUAUUCGCCAUACAAUAUCGGAAAUCCUCUAG